AUGACAUUAAAAGGAAUUGAUAUUGACCGGUGGGUGGGGGUCUGGAUACGGCAAAAUCAUUCUAUUAGAUCGAAUAAGUACAUUCGAUCUAAUAAGUACCUUGUAUCAGAAUUGAUAAAUUCUAUGGCUCGGAUCUUUAGUAUUCUCUUAUUUAUUACCUGUGUCUACUAUUUAGGCAGAAUACCGUCACCCCUUUUUACUAAGAAACUGAAAGAAACCUCAAAAACGGAAGAAAGAGAUGUAGAAAUAGAAACAGCUUCCGAAAUGAAGGGGACUAAACAGGAACAAGAGGGAUCCACCGAAGAAGAUCCUUCUCCUUCCUUUUUUUCGGAAGAAAAGGCGGAUCCGAACAAAAUCGAUAAAACGGAAGAAAUCCGAGUGAAUGGAAAGGAAAAUGAAUUCCACUUUCGAUUUACAGAGACAGACUCUAAAAAUAGACCCGUUUCUGAAGAGUCUUAUCUAAUGAAUAUCAACGAGAAUCAGGAAAAUUCAAGAUUCAAAAUAAAUGAUUCAAAAACGGAAAAUAAAAAGCCU